AUGCUAUUUUUGCAGCGAUGCUUUACUGUCUCAAGUAGACAUGGCGUCAGGCACGUAUCUACUGUGCGUGCACAGCAGAGCAAAGUUGACUGCUACAUUUCAACCAUCAAUGAUGUCUACUGGAAUUUAGCCAUAGAGGAAUGGCUACUAAGAGAAACUCCAGCUGAUCGAUUCAUUCUUUACUUAUGGAGGAAUAGACCUUGUGUUGUCAUUGGUAGAAAUCAGAACCCGUUUCAAGAAUGUAAUCUGCGGUUUAUGCAAAGUCAACACAUUCCACUUGUCAGAAGACGAUCGGGUGGUGGUGCUGUUUAUCACGAUAUGGGCAACUCAAUUUAUACUAUAUUUAUGCCACGUGAAGCGUUUUCUAGAAGAGCGAAUGCUGAGCUUGUUGCAAGAUCUUUGAAUCAGUUGGAUAUUGCGGCAAGUGUCAAUGAAAGACAUGAUAUUGUGGUAGAUAAUAAGAAGGUAUCUGGAAGUGCAUUCAAGAUCACUACAUCAAGAGCUUAUCAUCAUGGUACAAUGCUCAUUGAUGCUGACACGGAGACUCUCAAGAAUUGUUUAUCCAAAAAAAGAAUGUCUAAUGUUUGCAUCGUGUCGAAAGGUGUAGCUUCUGUGCCAUCGCCUGUUACUAAUUUGAGAGACUAUUCUUAUACAGUUGACCAUCAGCAGUUUUGUGAAUCAGUGCUAUCUGAGUUUGUGAAGGCGUAUAAUGAUGGUGAACCGGUUGAACCUAUCGUGUUCGAUAAGAACAGCGUGCUUCCAAAGAAAGUAAUCGAAACGAGAAACGAGCUGACAACAUGGGACUGGAUUUAUGGCCAAACUCCAGAAUUUACAAACUCGGUCGAGACAGAUUUUGAGUGGGGUCAUGUGGUAAGAUCACAUAGACAUAGUCUAUUUCAUUUCGGCUGA